GACGACGGGAAGAAAGGUGGUUGUGUGCGAACUCAUUAAUGUCGCAACAAAUUAUAACGGUUUGGUUCGUAGACGUCUCAUUCAGUUGUAGCCUGUAGUGUGUCUGAGUCAAAAUGGAGGAAGCACUUGAUAUCAGAUUAAAAUUGCUUAUCGAAAAUGUCGAAUCAUUAAUGAAAAAUGGGCAAAAUUUAUUAAACAAAGCAAAGGAUACACCGGAAGAUUCCAUCGAUAUCAAAUCAGCAAAAAUUAUCUCUGUUAAACUCCGAUCAGCUAUAGACCGUUUUGUCACAGAAAUGCACCAUUAUUUCAAAAUGGUUCAAAGUCCAUCCGCAGACAAUUUGUCGUCAUACACGACCAUCCAAAUUCAAGCGGAGGAGGUAGUAGUAGAGCUGGAUCUGACCUUAAAGGACCAUGACAAUCAUCGAGAGAAUCACCCAGAACCGCAACGCCAUUCCAAUGUCACUAGCAAACUACCGAAAAUGGAGCUCGCUAGGUUCAACGGUAACAUACUCAACUGGCAUGCAUUUUGGGAUCAAUUCGAAUCCAAUAUAGACAACCGAGAUAUCAAGGACGUGGAUAAGUUGUUGUAUCUACAAUCAGUGCUUGACGGCGAGGCUAAGCGAGCUCUUGAAGGUUUGGAUAUCACCAAUAAAAACUAUCAAAUUGCAGUGACUACACUCAAGGAACGUUUUGGAAAAACAUCUUCAGUAGUGGAUGCGCAUUACACGGCAUUGUAUAACAUCAAGGCUGCUGAUAACUCGGUUGUAGACAUCCGGAGAGCAUUUAAUGAGAUAGAGCGACACCUAAGAGUCUUAAAAUCAUUAGGCGAAGAUGUGAAUCAUAACUACUUACGCGUCAUUAUAAUGCAAAAAUUUCCCGAGGAUCUCAUCUACGAACUACGAUUGAAGGCAGAAUCAGACUCAUAUUCCAUUGAUGAAAUCCGAAAACAAAUUGAGUGCAUCAUAUCUGCUAAAGAAGCCUCGAAUAGGAUAAAAGAGAAUAUAAAUCUGUCACAACAACCAGGCACAUCAAGUCAAGACCGUGAUAAAUACAGUUUAGGAGCCUUACACAUUAAUAGUGAACAGAAAACUUUUACAAAGAACAAUUUUUCGGCAAGACAAGGAAGAGCACCAAAUCAGAGAUAUUACGGAAGGAGUCAAGAUAGGAGACAACAAAGUGAAAGAAACGCCAACACUAAUCCACGAAAAAGAUAUACAGAAAGUGAUAAAAAAGAGGUAGAGACUAAGAAAAUUAAACCGAGUUGUAUUUUCUGUGAAAAGGGACAUUUCAACGAUGAGUGUACAGAGUUUAAAACCAUACGCGAAAGAACACGAAAAUUAGAAGGCAGAUGUUACAACUGUUUAAGUGAGGGGCACCGGGCCUCACAAUGUCGCUCGCUUAGGAAUUGCUUCCACUGUGGACGGUAUGGUAUCCAUAAUCGAGCAUUAUGUCCAUCCAAAGAUCCAGUAAAAACAGAAACUCUACAUAUCAAUAAGGCAAAUAACACCAAAAAUGGUACUACCAUUUUACAAACUGCCAUCGCUACAAUCAGUCAUGGUGACAAGCGACAAGACGGAAAGGUUUUUCGGAUUCUCCUCGACCCAGGUAGUCAACUCACUUACGUCACGAAUACCGUCGUAGAUUCAUUAAGCCUCACUAAAUUGGAUACUAACACUAUAUCAGUGUUCACGUUUAUGGCUGACCGUCCGAAUGAAAUAGAGAGCUCCUUAGUGCGUUUGGAUUUUAACACGAGGACCAACAAUAAAACAAGUAUUUAUGCAAAUGUGGUUACGCGCAUUACGAAUGGCGUGCCCCCUAUACCUGUCGAAAUUGAAGGAUUUAAUCUCAAGGACAUCACCCCCAAGACAGUUAUAUUGGCAGAUGAUUUAUCAAUGGGUGAUCAAGUUGAUAUUCUUAUAGGCAACGAUUACUAUGACUCUCUCAUUACCGGUAAUAGAAUCAAGGUGCUAGAUAACCUCUAUUUAGUUGAAUCAAUCUUCGGUUGGGCCUGGUCAGGUCGGUAUAAGAACAAUAGAAACCGUUACGAUCAACUCUCAGUGCUUACGUACUUCCAGUCUAGUAUUGAGCUGAAUGGCCUCUGUAGGCCCGACCUACCGCUACAAAAAGAUGAUUUACGGAAAUUAUGGGAUCUGGAGUCAAUAGGAAUCAUGGACUCGCCCACGACAUCACGUGAUGAUGAAGCUAUCGCUCAAUUUAACACAACCACUAAAUAUUACGAUAACAGGUAUCAUGUUAAAUGGCCUUGGAUUAUAACUCCGCCGGAUUUAUCUACAAACUUUGGACUAGCGCACGGUAGACUUACCAGCCUUCUAAAAAGAAUCGACACCAGCACAAUCCAAGCCUGUGACAAAAUCCUUUCAGAACAAUUAGAGCAAGGCAUUAUUGAGAUCAUUCCUGACACUUCUCAAACUGAGGCAAAGCACCCAAUUCAUUACCUUCCACAUCACUGCAUCGCUAAAGGGGAUAAGUUGCGUCUGGUAUAUGAUGCAUCAGCAAAAACCAAUGGUUAUAAGAGCCUUAAUGAGUGUUUGUACCGCGGUCCGUUGUUACUCAAGGAUUUAACUGGACUUCUUAUCCGUUUUCGAGAGCACCGUAUUGCGAUAGUCGCAGAUGUCGAAAAGGCAUUUCUGCAGGUUGGUCUUCAGGAAGAGGAUCGAGACGUAACACGAUUCCUGUGGCUUAGAGACAUUACUCAAGCACCAUCUCCGCAGAAUUUACUGCACCUUAGAUUUCGAAGAGUGCCCUUUGGAGUCAUAUGCAGCCCCUUUUUACUGAAUGCGGUAAUUCGGUAUCAUCUAUUGAAGAAUAAUAAGGCAGUCUGCCGCCAGAUUGCUGAAGAUUUGUACGUAGACAAUCUAGUGACCGGAUCUGACUCAGUCGAAGAUGCUAUAUCUCUAUACUCUACAGCCAGAACGACAUUCAAUGAUCUUUCAAUGAAUUUACGCGAAUGGAAUUCUAACUCAGUCAAAGUCAUGGCCACCAUUCCCUUGGAAUAUAAAAGCAAAGAAUUAGAUUCCAUGAAAGUACUCGGACUAGAAUGGGAUAUAAAGAACGACUCAUUGAGCUUGCGAUUCGAAUUGACAAAGCAAAUAGAGGCAUCCACUGUCACGAAAAGGGAUAUGCUACGUCUUAUAGCAUCAAUAUUUGAUCCUUGUGGUUACGCUGUUCCCCUAGUAUUGCCCGCAAAAUUAUUCCUUCAGACUCUCUGGCAACAGAAAAUUGAUUGGGAUACAAAGUUCACAGAGCCACGUCUCUCGCAAUGCAAAUCUGCAAUCAAAAAUCUAAACCUUAUAAAGAACAUCAAGAUUCCGAGAUACGCCAAACUGAACAGGAGUCCCGACGAAACAACGUCUAAUGAGCUUCAUGUCUUUGCAGACGCAUCGAAACAGGUAUAUGCAGCUGUUGUGUACUUGCGCAGUAGCUAUGGCUCAGAAGUUACGACUCAAAUAAUUAUAGGAAAAAGCAGAUUAGCAAGUAAAUCACAACAAGAUGACUUACAAAUACCUAAACUCGAACUAUUAGGAGCAUAUAUUGGCGCAAAACUGAUUCAAAGCGUGAUAAAGCACACUAAAUUAAACAUAGCACGGAUUGUUUUAUGGACAGAUAGCCAGAUAGUGAUCAAUUGGUGUUCGACUGAAAAACUUCUACCUCUAUUUGUAGCUAGAAGAGUAGAAGAGAUACGACGAAUAGCUAAUCUAGAAGUAAAGUACGUCCCUACGCAACUCAAUCCUGCGGAUGUUGCUACAAGGCCAAAUGCGUCUAGUGAUGAUAUGAAGGUCUGGUUGAAUGGACCUGGAUUUUUACAACAGGAUCCGAAAGAAUGGCCUCUACAACCCGUGAACCCCACAGAAUAUAAUGCCUUAACUUCAAUCAACUUGGGUGGCCAGGGCCCUACGGAAACCUUGACAAGACAAGAUGAGAAUAAAGCUGGUUUUUCAAAUCCACCAAAAGUAGAUGAUGAACAUCAAGUCAGAUCAAAUGAACCAAUUGAUGUAGAAAUGGUCGACGUAGAAAGUAACAAAGACUUACAUGUUACACCAAAGUCGCACGAAGACGAGAGUGAACUUACAGGAAAUUUGAUACAGAUCCAAGCGGAAUUUUAUAAAGACGAAUCCAAAGGAGUAAUAACUGAUUUAAGUCGAUCGUUAGGCGUUUACAAGGACUCAGAUGGAUUACUUCGGUGCAAAGGUAGAUUAUGUAACACCGAUUGGCCUUACGGUCAAAAACACCCGAUACUUCUUCCACGGAAUCAUGAGGUUACGUCUAAGAUAAUAGAGACGAUUCACCAACGAAAUUACCAUGUAGGAGUGCCACACACAUUAUCUCUUGUCAGAAAGAAGUACUGGAUACCCAAAGGUAGAUCUAAGGUCCAGCAAGUACUUCAUCAAUGUCUUCCGUGCCGCAAACAUUCAGGCGGGCCUUUUAAACUGCCCCCUAUGGCACCUCUCCCAAAAGAGCGGGUUACAUAUAGUAAUCCGUACACGUACACGGGGCUCGACUAUUUUGGCCCGUUCACAGUUCGCAAUGAUGGGUUGACAGAAAAAAGAUGGGUGUGUUUAUACACCUGCUUAGCUGUUAGAGCUAUCCACUUGGAAGUGGUUCAUGAUUUGACUUCUGAGGAAUGUUUGCUGGCUUUACGUCGUUUUGUAGCUGCCAGAGGAUUGCCAAAACUUAUUGUCUCAGACAACGCCACAACAUUUAAAUUGACAGCCGAUGUAUUGACAAGCGAUUACUGCAUCGCAAAUAAUAUUAAAUGGAAGUUCAUCCCUGAGCUAUCUCCGUGGUUCGGCGGUUUUUACGAGCGGCUCAUAGGCUUAGUUAAACAUUGCCUAAAAAGGACCAUUGAUAAACAUCUUAUGAACUCCACUCAGUUGACGACAGUAAUUAAAGAAGUGGAGGCAGUGGUCAACACCCGGCCGCUUACAACUAUAGGUGAUGAAAUUGAUCAUAUUUUGACUCCUGCCGACUUUCUGUGCAUUGGUGGAAUCGUUCUUCCAGAUCAAUCAGAUAAGGAAUUCCUUGGCUCAGCUACUGUGACUAAAGCCGACUUAAUAGAGAGUUGGAAAAGAGGGCAACAGAUACUCAAAGAGUUCAUUGAAAUGUUCUCUAACAGAUACCUUACCAGCUUAAGAGAACGAAGGAUCUUACAUAAACAGCCUCGAGUUACUGUAGAUGUUACUCCACAAGUAGGACAAUUAGUUCAGGUGAAAGGGAGUGGUAGUAACCGGCUUCUUUGGAAAGUCGGUAGGAUAUCGUCUUUAGUUAAAGGCAACGAUGGGGAGAUCAGAGUUGCAAAAGUAGAAAUCAAUCCUAACGAAACACUGACAAGGUCCAUAUCUCAUUUAUACCCUUUGGAAAUCUCAGACUAUGAUAUUGAUUCGCAUAAUAAUCCUAAAGAUCAUGACACUCAGUCCACUCAGGUUGCUCCUAACGAACCAAACCGCGGCGGUGAAUCUACUCAGCUCAGCUCAGACCAGUCCGAGGAAGACUCUACGCACUCAGGCGCUCUCAAUCAGCUCAGCUCAAAGACAAACAAUUACUCAGACCAGUCUCAGCAACAGGAUGCCUCGGCACCCAAUUUUACAACGCCACCAGAUACAGUACAAAGUCUCAGGCCAUCCAGACUCUCAGCACAACGGGCAAGAGAGAAGGUGCGGAAGUGGACAGCUCAACUACUUUGCUAUUCACUAUAAUAUUGUUAUCAUUCAUGUAUUUUGAUUUACAUACAUAUUUGCCGAUUCUGAUUAAACUGAUCACAUUUCAAUCA